AUGGAAAGCAAAAGACGAUUCCAUAAUGGACUUUGUGUAUUGAGAAACCGGAAUUUCUGGAAGCAAAUGAGUAAUCAGCUACAAGUCAAAUUGAAGGAAAGCUUAAAGGGAAAGAAGUUCCUUAUUGUUUUGGAUGAUGUGUGGAAUGACAACUACAACGAGUGGGAUGACUUGAGAAAUCUUUUUGUACAAGGAGAUAUGGGAAGUAAGAUUAUUGUGACUACACGUAAGGAGAGUGUUGCUUUGAUGAUGGGAAAGGAGCAAAUUAGCAUGGACAAUUUGUCUAUUGAAGUCUCUUGGUCUUUAUUUAAAAGGCAUGCAUUUGAACAUAUGGAUCCUAUGGGACAUCCAGAACUUGAAGAGGUUGGAAAACUAAUUGCAGCCAAGUGCAAAGGACUGCCCUUAGCUCUGAAGACGCUUGCUGGCAUGUUACGCUCCAAAUCAGAGGUUGAAGAGUGGAAACAUAUUUUGAGAAGUGAAAUAUGGGAGCUGCCACACAAUGACAUAUUACCAGCAUUGAUGUUGAGCUACAAUGAUCUUCCUGCACAUUUAAAGCGGUGUUUUUCCUAUUGUGCAAUAUUUCCUAAAGAUUAUUCAUUCAAGAAAGAACAAGUUAUUCAUCUGUGGAUUACCAAUGGUCUUAUACUGCAGGAUGAUAAAAUUAUUCAAGAUUCAGGAAACCAAUACUUUCUCGAGUUGAGGUCAAGAUCAUUAUUCGAAAGGGUCCAAAAAUCCUUCUGAAGGGAACAUAGAGAAAUUCUUAAUGCAUGACCUUGUCAAUGAUUUAGCCCAAGUUGCAUCUUCAAAACUUUGUAUUAGGUUGGAAGAGAGUCAAGGAUCGCAUAUGUUGGAAAAAAGUCGGCACUUAUCUUAUUCAAUGGGAUAUGGUGACUUGAGAAAUUGACACCCCUCUACAAAUUGGAGCAGCUGAGGACAUUGCUUCCAAUCAGUUUCCAUGAUGGUGCUCCACUUAGCAAGAGGGUGCAGCAUAACAUACUGCCAAGACUAAGAUCCUUGAGGGUACUAUCAUUGUCUCAUUACUGGAUUAAGAAGUUGCCAAAUGACUUGUUUAUCAAAUUAAGCUCCUCAGAUUUUUGGACCUUUCUCAGACAUGGAUUAGAAAGUUGCCUGAUUCCAUUUGUGUAUUGUAUAACUUAGAGGUACUUCUCCUGUCAUCUUGUGCUUAUCUUGAGGAGCUACCGCUGCAGAUGGAGAAGUUGAUUAACUUGCGUCAUCUUGACAUAAGCAACAGUUUCUGCUUGAAGAUGCCGCUACAUCUAAGCAAGUU